UUAUAUUGGGUUGUAACAAGAGUGGGGACUUCAUUAAAAGCAAGGUCUCAAAGGGUCACGCUUGAUAGCAUGUAGGACUUGAUGAUGACGAGACAUCUGAGAUUUUGUUACUUCAUUUUUAAAAAGUACCUUUCGAAUAGGGUUUUAUUAUGGGACAUUCUUGUGCCUAUCAGUAUUCCAAAUUAGAUAAAACAAAAUAGUAACAAGAUUCAAAUUAAUGAGAAAGGAUCAAAGAAUGUGAAAGCCUUUGAAAAGAGAGAGAUGGAUCAUGUGAAUCCAACACUGUUUCAUUUAAAAUCCCUUUCAAUCUUUACUCUCACUCUCUUAUAUAUCUCUUCACCACAUUUUCUUUUGUUCAAAACCCUUUCUAUGUAUGAGAACCUAAGAAUAUUUCUAAAAAUAAUACCCUUCAAUCUUUUCGGAAUGAAAUCGGUAUCUUUAAUCGCGAUUCUUCUUCUCCAUCUUUUUGUUAGUAGUGAUACUUUCCAGUUGGAUCUUUUUCACUGUAAGUAUUAUUUGGCUAUUACAUGGCUUAUAAAUAGAGACAAUGAAUGUGUUAUAUACAUCUUGGUUGGUUCUUUUAUUUGUUGUAUUGUGAUUUGCGAGGUUGUAGAUAAGGCGAGCGGAUCAAGCAUACCUGACUGUUCGAAUGCGUGUGGACCAUGUAAACCAUGCAAGCUUGUCGUGAUCAGUUCUACGUGCUCCGCCUCCGAGGCUUGCCCUCUCGUCUACAAGUGCUUGUGUAAAGGCAAAUACUAUCACGUGCCUUCCCUCACCUAAUCCUUCCUCAUCUCACGUGAACACUUCUUCCUUAACGAUUGCAAUGAUCGAUCUGUUGUUGCUUUUCCAAAGUUUAUUGACUACUCUCACUUUAGCGUGUGCUUGAUUUGUAAUACCACAAUUCAAUAAACGGCCAGGAAAAUAUUAGAUUAUUGGUUUGUAAAAGCAUUCUUCUAAGCCAAAUACAAAACUUUGAACACGAGGUACAAAAGAACAGUUGAUGAACAAACUAAUACUAUUCCUAAGAGAAGAGUC